GAUGCCCACGAGGGUGAAGUGUUUGCCGUAAAAUUUAGCCCUUCAGGUUCAGUAUUUACAACUGGUGGAGGUGAUAGAGUAGUAAAGAUUUGGGAAUUACAAGGAGCAAAAGCAUCACAGCGAGAUGUACUACGCGGCAGCAAUGGUGGAACGAUGGCGAUUGAGUUCGAUUCGCAAGAAAGAUACAUUUUAACUGCUUCGAAUGAUUUCGCCGGCCGUGUUUGGAGUGUUAGUGACCAAAGGCUGAGGCAUACUCUUACUGGACACUCAAAUAAAGUGCUAGCAGCAAAAUUUCUCGGUGAAACGGGAAGAGUGGUUACAGGUAGUAAUGACAGGACACUGAAAGUAUGGGAUUUAAAGAAUAGAGCAUGUAUUCGAACAAUAUUUGCUGGUUCGAGCUGCAAUGAUUUGGUUACUAUUGAUGGCGUCGGAGCGAAUAUUAUAAGCGGACAUUAUGACAAACGUAUCCGCUUCUGGGAUAUCAGAUCCGAGUCAAGCUGUAAUGAAAUUACUCUACAUGGAAAAGUUACGUCAUUAUCGCUCUCUCCAGAUGGUACCUAUUUACUUAGUAGCUCAAGAGAUGAUAUGUUAAAACUAAUCGAUCUAAGGAUGAAUCAAGUUACAGGAACGUUCUGUUCUGAUGGAUUCCGUUUAGCGCUAGAUUAUUGUCGCGCCUGUUUCAGCCCGGAUGGUCAAUAUGUGACUUGUGGAUCGUUUGAUGGUACCGUUUUUGUUUGGAAUACAAAUAGUACACGUGUAGAAAAGACCCUUAAAGAACAUACAAAUCCGGUUAUCGCAUGUACAUGGCAUCCACAAGGUACCCACAUAGUCAGUUGUGACAAACUAAGAAGAGUAAUCAUAUGGGGAGAUCCAGUUUACUGA